AUGGCAUCAGAUUCUGGUAUGGAUAGUGACAUGGGCGACAAAAGCCAAGCAAUGGCACCAUCAUCCGAGGCAAGAGCAGAGGUAGUCACUGGUCUCGCUGCUUUGGAGCAGUACAUCAACCAGGAAACCACCAAGCCAGGAACACACGAUGUUUUGUUUGGGAGAGGCGGAGAAACCAACAAUCAUAGUGGAAACAUCAAGUUUCGGCAAACUGUGGUUGAAUACAGAAAGGACUACAAAAUGGCAUGCAAGAUGGACAAGCCUCUAAUCUCCAGAAAACUAGUGGCAUAUUGGCGAAGUCUGCAACCACCUGGAAGAUUUCUGGCCAAAACAAACCGGUUGGAUGCUUGGGGUCAUUUUGUGUGGAAGGAUGUUGGGGACAAAGCAGCACAAAAACGAGUUUCCAAAAACUUGGGAGAGCGAGACAAGAAACGGCCUUCUUCUUUCUCUUCAUUGAUGCAACAAUCCCCACCUGCAAAACACCAAUCGCCGUCGGUGGCAACGUUGCCUACAGAUACGAGUACCACCAAUUCCGAUGAAAGCAAUGCCAAGCUUCCACCUCCCAUGGCACCCACGGACUUCAACCAGAAUAUUGAGAGUAUGAGCGUGCACAUGAGCAGCUACAGUGGUUACCCCCAAACCAGCGUCAAGGACACCACGGUCAACCUAAAAACUGAAGAAGUUCUCGGUGGGAGUCUUGGAAACAGCACCAGCAAUCACAUGCUAAACCCUUCUGAUGCUGGUCCAGCUUCUCCCGCAGAAGCAACCUCCAAUGUCAACGCGUUCUGUGACAUCAUUGGUGCCAACACUUCCGGUCGAUUCCUCCUCGAGAAUUCUAUGCCCACGGCUGCCGAGCUUGUCAGAUCAACAUUUGGAGAGAGAAGCGGCAACAACAGCAGCAGCAACAACAGUGUUGCGUCCUCUUUUAACUAA